GUUGGUACACCUUACGGUCCGCAGUUCGCAUAGUGAAGAUUCCCUGUGUGUUUGGAUAUAGGUACCUGUCAGCUUCUCGUUAUUGUGAUUGUGUUAUCUGAAAAUUGGCAGACAACGUCCGUUACCCGGUUCAGUCGUUUCAGCGUUCUUUAAAAAGUCAAUACAAGUAAUUACAAUUCUUUAACUAAAAAAAAAAAAAAAGAGUGCUAUAUUGUUGUGGGUUUUUUAUUAUAAAUAGUUUUACCUUGAAAGACAUAAUUAUCAUUUAUCCUACGCCUUGACUCGAUUUUCAAGACAUGGCUGACGAAUCACCACCAAUCAAAAAAUCGAAAUUAUCUACUUCAGAUGCCGGUUCGUCAGCACAGAGCAAUUUUUUAAGUACUGUGUCUGCUCAAAGGAAAAAAACGGCUCCUUCGGUAAUGGAAUUCAAUUUCAAUAAAAAACGUGUACGAGUUUUGUCCGACGUAAAAGAAGUACCUGAAUGGGCUGAUGGAAUAAUUUAUUGGACUUUCCGAGACGAACGAAUCCAUGAUAACUGGGCAUUCCUGUACGCACAAAAAUUAGCUUUGAAAAAUAAAGUAUCGUUGCACAUCACAUUUUGUAGAUUACAAAAGUUUUUAGACUGUAGUCUUCGGCAUUACAAACAUAUCUUUGAAGGCUUAGAGGAAUUGGAGACUGAAUGCAAUUCGUUGAACGUACAGUUUCAUUUCUUAAUCGGUUGUGCGGCCGACGUACUGCCAGACUUUGUCAGGAAACACAAGUUGGGAGCUGUUGUAGUCGAUUUCAUGCCCGUCAGAGAACACAUGUUGUGGACGAAACAACUGGCACAACGUCUCGGAUCAGAAGUGCCGGUCGUGCAAGUCGACGCUCACAACAUUGUACCCUGUUGGGUGGCGUCCGACAAACAGGAAUACGCCGCGAGGACGAUACGCAAUAAGAUCAACAGCAAGCUGUCGGAAUUUCUAACGGAAUUCCCGCCCGUAAUAAAGCAUCCGUACGGCGGUAAACUCAAGGCAAAACCAACCGACUGGAAUGAAGCCGACAAAACGCUCGAAGUCGACCGUUCAGUCGGACCCGUCGCCGGGCUGAAAGCCGGUUACAAAGCGGGAAUGAACGAGUUGGAAAUGUUUUUGAAAAAAAGGCUACCGAAUUAUGCGACCGCUCGUAACAAUCCUGUAAAAGACGGUCUUAGCAAGCUUUCGCCGUGGCUGCAUUUCGGUCAGAUAUCGGCUCAAAGGUGUAUUUUGGAAGUAAGCAAGUUUUCCGGCAAAUACAAAGACAGCGUUGCGGCUUACAGGGAGGAAGCGAUCGUGAGACGCGAACUGUCGGACAACUUUUGUUUUUACAAUCCGAAAUACGAUUCUAUCGAGGGCGCGCCGAAUUGGGCCCGAACUACUCUUAACGAUCACAAGAAAGACAAACGUAAAUACGUUUACACCCGAGAAGAACUCGAAAAGUCUCGCACUCACGACGACUUGUGGAAUUCCGCUCAGCUACAAUUGGUGAACCAAGGCAAAAUGCACGGUUUCCUGCGUAUGUACUGGGCGAAAAAAAUACUGGAGUGGACCGACACUCCGGAAAGGGCGUUGGCGGACUCGAUUUACCUGAACGACAAGUACAGCAUGGACGGCCGGGAUCCGAGCGGUUUCGUCGGCUGCAUGUGGUCCGUGUGCGGCAUUCACGAUCAAGGCUGGAAGGAACGAGAGAUCUUCGGCAAGAUUAGAUACAUGAACUACGAAGGGUGUAAGAGGAAAUUCGAUAUCAACGCUUUUAUAGUUAGAUACGGCGGAAAGAUUCAUAAGUAUACUAAAAAAUAAAACCACCGACAGUAUUGUUUAUUUUAUUUACUGUUUACACUUACUUAAUGUUUUACUUUUUUUACUUUUUAUUUGUGUUUAAAUUUAAAUUUAUUAUUUAUAAAUAAUAAUAUAAAAUCUUAAAGUCGUGUAAACGUUAUCGAGUUUACCGUUGUAACCAUAUGUUUUUUUUUGCAGUACUCUCCUAUGGGGAAUGUACUGCAGUAGUAAGUUUUUAGUUUAUAUUGUAAACAACAGUGAAUAUUAUGUCAAUUUAUUAAUUUUUUUUUAAUUAUACUAACAUUUUUUUACUAUUUUCUACAUGUGAGUAUUACUUUGACUUGGAACGACGACAACAAAGAAAAACCAAUUGCAAACGAUUUUUGUAAUUAUUUACUAUUAAAUACAACGCUUAGGUUUAAGGGCGACAUUUGUUU